AUGAACAGUGUGUUGAGCAAGUUCGCCCCUUCGGAUCUUCUCCCUAUCCGGGAUCUUGAAGAGGAUCAAGGCGCACUAAACUCUCAGUUCUCUUUGCCCGCUUCUGACCCUGGUCGCUUCUUGGCCCAAUUUACCGAUGUGGAUUCUACGAACCAAAACGCUCGGAUCAAGCUCAACCACGGCACGACGACGCUUGCUUUCCGAUACAAAGGUGGUGUAGUGGUGGCUGUGGACUCUCGCGCCUCUGCUGGCUCCUAUAUCGCGUCAGGCUCUGUCAAAAAGGUGAUUGAAAUUAAUCCCUACCUCCUUGGUACGAUGGCAGGUGGUGCAGCAGACUGCCAGUACUGGGAAACUUACCUUGGCAUUCAGUGUCGCUUGCACGAAUUGCGGAAUAAGGAGCGCAUUUCGGUGGCUGCCGCCUCUAAAAUUCUAAGCAACCUAGUCUACUCUUACAAGGGCAUGGGCCUGAGCAUGGGCACAAUGAUCUGUGGAUGGGACAAGACGGGUCCUGCCAUUUUUUACGUGGACUCGGAUGGAUCGCGUAUGAAGGGUGAUUUGUUUUCUGUCGGCUCGGGUUCGACAUUUGCAUACGGUGUGUUGGACCAGGGAUACCACUGGGAUCUGUCGGACGAAGAGGCGCUUGACCUCGGCCGCCGAAGCAUCUACGCCGCUACGCACCGCGAUGCGUACUCAGGAAACGUAAUCCAUUACGAGGGUGUACCUGACCAGGUGCCCAAUGUCCCAGCUGGUGGUUAUGGCUACAAUGUGCGCACCGAUGGUCUGUCCUCGAAAGACGACAAGCACUAG